AUGAGUACACUUUAUAUUGAUUACAUUCACAUUAUUGAUAGUCAAGGCCAGUAUGAAUGGGCUGACCUCAAACCUCUUAAUGAUUCAUUGAACUUCAUUAAGUGUUUUGAUGGCAUACCAGUUGGUAAUAACUUAACACUGUAUGCAUGUGAAUUCGCAACCUUUUUCGAGAACUGUAUAUCUAAUUGUCCUGCUGUAAUAACUGGUAUUAAUAUUACUAAUGACUCUACAUCUUCAGUUCUAAUGUCAUCAGUUCAUUCAUCAUCACUAUCACUCACAUCAACAGUAUUGACUACUCCAUCAAUGAUGUCUGUACCAUCUACUUUUUCAGUAUCAGCUACUUCAUUAAAUCCAAGAACUGUAACAGCUACAACUGCUUCUUCAUCAUAUACUACUUUAUCAACUACUUCAUCAUCUACUUCAAGUACUUCAUCAGUACUAACUACGUCAACAACUCUGAUUACUCCAUCAAUUACGUCGUCAGUUUCAACUACUUCAUUAGUACCAAGAACUUCAUUGACUACUUCUACAGUACAAUCAUCUACUACAACUACAAGCAGUACCAUCAUAAGCAGUACUACAAAUACUGCUACCAUCAGUAGCUCUACUUCUAUUCGUACCGUUAGAUUAACUAGUACAUUAGUGACAGGUACUUCAACUGCUUCAUCUCCACUACCUUCCUCCAUUACUUUACCAUUCCUAACUCCUUCAUCUUCAUCAAAAUCUUCUUUAUCCUUUACUUUACAGACUUCUUCAUUCAUAACUUUAUCUUCAUCCCCAACUCCUUCAUUGACAGCUCCUUCAUCCAUAUCUUCUUCUUCAUCAAUUAUUGGACUGGCUUCUGGAGCAUCAAUUGCACUACUAAUUAUAAUAAUUGUUGUUAUAGUAAUUGUAGUGGUAGCAGCAACAGUUCGAUUUAAAAAGAGAAGAGGAAGAAUGGAAGUGAUUAAUGAUGUUACAUUACUGAAGAGGAAUAAAAAUAAUAAUCAAAGUUCACAAGAGCAAGAACUAUCAUUAGUUAAUCCACAGUAUGAGAAUGUACAUCUACCAGUUCCACAAUCAGAACUAUCAAUGGAAGAAUGUGCUGCUUAUGGUGUAGUGGAAGGUACUAGAUUCCCACAGUAUGAGA